CAAUCGAUGGACAGGUAUAUCGACUCGCAUUCAGAUGAUUACGUGAAGCGUUUGGCCGAAUGUGUGGCCAUUAAGAGCAUAUCGUGUCAGACGGACACCAGGGAUGACACCAUUUCGAUGGUUAAAUGGAUGCAAAAGCAAUUGGAAGCGGAGGGCGCUAAGACUCGUUUGGUAGACAUCGGUGUCCAGACAUUUCCUGACGGCACUCGACUACCACUGCCGCCCAUCCUAUUGGCGGAGUUGGGCGCCGACGCCAACAAGAAGACGGUCUGUGUCUACGGACACCUCGACGUACAGCCGGCUGCUAAGGAGGACGGCUGGGAUACCGAGCCCUUUGUAUUGACCGAAAAAGAUGGUAAACUAUACGGCAGAGGAUCGACCGAUGAUAAGGGACCUGUUCUGGGAUGGCUGCACAUCAUCCAAGCCUUCCAUCAGUUGAAUAUCGAAAUUCCCGUCAAUUUUAAGGUA